AUGAUAACCAAAUUUUUUACUUUAAGCUUACUCGCAAUUUUCUUUAAAAUUUGAAAUUCUGAAGCAGUCAAUCCUCAAGCAGGUAUAUCAGAAACUCUAAAUUCCAUUUUUAAGCCUCCCUCAAAAAGCAUAGAUAUAAUUCCAAAAGCUGAUGAAGAGCUUGAAAACCUAUCAGAAAAAACGCAGCGCGAUCUAUUGGGCGUGACCACAUGCCCUUCAGGCUGUCUUCAAUGCUCAAGCACAAGCUAUAAUGGCUGCGAUGAGUGCAAAAGUUGAUACUUUCUUUUAGCGGGUGAAUGCUUAACUGUAUGUCCAGAUGGCUUUAGCUAUACGGGAGCCUGAACUUGUGAAAAGGGAACUUCUUCGCCAGUGUUUGAUAUUAGUUUUGAUAAAAUCAAAGGAUUCCUCGAAAUUAACAGCGAUAGUGGGGACUGCUUAGUCUGUGGAAACGAUCCAUACAGAUUUUACCCAGACUAUGAUAGUAAUGAUCCUUUCCCCACCAAAGACAGGGGAUAUUACUUUGAUUCAUCAAGCUCCUACAUGCAGAUGCCACCAAAUAGCAUCUCAAAAGUUGGGUUUAGACUGAAUGUAGACCAUACUUUUUCAAUUUGGGCCUACCAGAUUAGCGAUGCUGACCAGUGCUUAUUCAUAAUUUAAAUAUGGCAUCGAUCGAAUUUUUUGGUCUCUGACCGAAAACCAUCUCUUGCAUAUUUUAAUUAUGAGGUUGGGCUUCUCUUGGUGAAAUUAUCCCAGCUAUGCCAGGAAAGCAAGAGUCAGGUGGUUUUCCAACCGAACUCCUGACCCUGACCUUAAGGAAUCGAAUUUUCCAGAAUACGUAUCGUUUACCCCAAAUGGAGACUGGGACCUUUAGGGUGCUGUUGGACCCAAAGAAAUGCCUGAACUUAAAGAAGAGUCGUUGAAGCCCAAAUUCCAAGACUGGCGUCUUCACUGAUGAACAAAGUUGAGGUCGCCACACCUUUGACAGCCCCUAAGCACCCUCUCUUGAGCAAACAAAACCCAUUAGAAAAAUGCACAAAAGCCUACCCUCCAUGAGCGAACAAAAAUUUUUUUAAUAGAAAAUUUUUUUAUGGAAAUAAAAUAUGAAUAUAUAAGUGAUAAUUAUAUAAUGAAAUCUCGAGCUAAUUCUAUUUAAUUUUAAACAAAUUUUGUUUAAAAACAUAAAUUUUACAAAUUAAUUAAUAUUGCUUUCCAAUUUUUGCGAAUAAGGAUUUUUUUCAAUUUCGAAAAAAAAAUUCACCCCCUCCGUGAGUGAAAAAAUAUUUUUGUUCGCUCACAGAGGAGGGGAGUAAGGAAAAUGGCGUAAAAUUCUCCUCAGAGUGAUUCUGGAGUAGCUGUGGUUGAGAAACCUGGUAAUGGGUGUAUAGAUUAAAUAAUGAUUAAUACCAGAGCUUAUUCAUAAUUAAAAUAUGGCAUCGAUCGAAAUUUUUUGGUCUCUGACCGAAAACCAUCUCUUGCAUAUUUUAAUUAUGAGGUUGGGCUUUCUCUUGGUGAAAUUAUCCCAGCUAUGCCAGGAAAGCAAGAGUCAGGUGGUUUUCCAACCGAACUCCUGACCCUGACCUUAAGGAAUCGAAUUUUCCAGAAUACGUAUCGUUUACCCCAAAUGGAGACUGGGACCUUUAGGGUGCUGUUGGACCCAAAGAAAUGCCUGAACUUAAAGAAGAGUCGUUGAAGCCCAAUUUCCAAGACUGGCGUCUUCACUGAUGAACAAAGUUGAGGUCGCCACACCUUUGACAGCCCCUAAGCACCCCUCUUGAGCAAACAAAACCAUUAGAAAAAUGCACAAAAGCCUACCCUCCAUGAGCGAACAAAAAUUUUUUUUAAUAGAAAAUUUUUUUAUGGAAAUAAAAUAUGAUAUAUAAGUGAUAAUUAUAUAAUGAAAUCUCGAGCUAAUUCUAUUUAAUUUUAAACAAAUUUUGUUUAAAAACAUAAAUUUUACAAAUUAAUUAAUAUUGCUUUCCAAUUUUGCGAAUAAGGAUUUUUUUCAAUUUCGAAAAAAAAAAUUCACCCCCUCCGUGAGUGAAAAAAAUAUUUUUGUUCGCUCACAGAGGAGGGGAGUAAGGAAAAAUGGCGUAAAAUUCUCCUCAGAGUGAUUCUGGAGUAGCUGUGGGUUGAGAAACCUGGUAAUGGGUGUAUAGAUUAAUAAUGAUUAAUACCAGAGCUUAUUCAAAAAGUUUGAUAGCCAAGGCAACAAGAUAUGGGGAAUAAGAACCGUUGCUGGCUAUAUUUAUUAUGAAUGAACCCACCUAAAAAACGGCGCAAACGAUUUUUCAGCUUAUUCUUAUGCUACAGGAGGGGUUCAAGUUUGGAAUAAUUAUGUAUUUACAUUUUCAAAAGCCAAUGGAGCUUUCGAGUCAAAAUUUUAUAUGAAUAACGCCUUUGUUGACACAAAUUCUUACGAUGGAGACGAAAAGCUUAUAUGGGACGAUGAAGGACCAUUUUAUAUUGGCUAUUCACAAGACCCGAAUACAGGAAGCGGGGUAGGGUGGACUGGGUUUAUUGCAAAGAUUUCUUAUUAUAUAGAUGCUUUAUCCGUAACAGACAUUUCAGCAUUCUAUGGAACUUGUACCAAUUCUUGUAACAGCCUGUGCAUACCUUCAGGAGAUUGCUUUUCCGAAUGUGACAUUUAUCAUUAUGCAGAGACUACAGGAACUUGUGAUGGGGCCUGUGGCUCAAGCUGCACAAAUCCUUGUGUGUUUUCAGAUAGAUGCACCCUCUGCUAUAGCUCAAGCGUUACUAAAUGUUCUGGAUUCGGUGAUGGCGACAAGCUAGAUUACAGCUGCUAUGGGAAUUGUGAAACUUGUGGAGAUUCUUAUUAUUAUACUUGUUUAUCAUGCAGCACCGGAUUUUAUUUGCAUCAUGAUACUUGUAUAACAGCUUGCCCGACUUCGUAUCAUGAAGCUACUGAUGGCUGCAUGGUUAGGUUAGGCUAUUAAAGACAGGCGUUAGCCAUGCUAUGGGAGAUUGGAAGUAGCUUGAUUUCAAGAAUCAUUGGAGUCUGUUGGGUGCUAAAGUUCCUUCUACAGCUACAGGAAAAAGACUUUCCUCUGUGGCCUGGGCCGAUACCCCAGUUCUUGGUAGAGAAAUGCUAACUCCCCCCCUCCGUGAGUGAACAAACCAUUAGAAAAAUCGCUAUUUUUUGCCCAAAAACCCACCCUCCGUGAGUGAACAAAAAUUUUUUAACUCCCCCCCUCCGUGAGUGAACAAAAUUUUGUUCACUCACGGAGGGGGGGAGAGUAAGAUCCUCAGAUCCAAAAAGACGUUGUUGAGCAACUCUAUUUCCAACAGCAUUGAAAGCAGCCAAAGCCUACCCAAAUACACAUCGCCUGCACUUGAUUCUUGACUCGAACUCCGUCCCAAUUAACCAUAGCCACAAGGUCUGGACUUUACCCAAGAGGGUAGGUUACCACGUGCCACCAUAAAUUUAUGAUUGUUGCACAGGUAGCGGAGGCUAUGUAUAUGACUUUAUCCUAUCAGAAAUUUCUGGAACCAUUACAGACACAUAUGGGUAUUUUUCAUUAAACUCCGGUAGCGAUUCUACAAAGUUUUACCCAAACGCAGACUCCUCAGAUGCCAUUCCAGCUUAUCAAAGAGGAUAUUACUUUAACGGAGAGAGCUCAUAUAUGGCCCUAGAUAAUAAAAUCAUGUUUAACUAUUAUCAAACUCAUGGGUUUUGGCUCAGAAAUGAAGGUGGGACUAACACCCAAUCCAUUCUAAGCGCUGUCGAUGAUCAUAGCAACUCCGUACUUAAAAUUGAGAUCACUGAUACUUCACUAGUCUUGGCAAUUAUGAUAAAUCCAGACCCUAAGAAGGAUUACGUCUAUAUUUUGGAACCAACCAUGAGCUUUUUUGAUAUUCCAAAGCACUCCUGAGUCUAUCUUACAGUUUUAAUAACUUUUAUACGUGGAACUACAUAUUGGAAAGCCUAUAACUUCAAUGAUAGGACUUUUAUAUUUAAUAUAUAUGAUGGAGUAAUGGAGCCAGCUCUUCCCAGUUAUGUCACUUUUGGAGCUACAAGGAAGAACUCUGCGGUUUCUAAUUAUUUUAAAGGCUUCAUCUAUGAAAUGGUGUACAUGUCAGAAGCUGCGUCCUCAUACAAGAUUUCUCAGCUUUUUUCAACGAGUUGUUCUGGAUGUACAUACUGCACUGCAUCAAAUUUGAUAUGCUUAGAUAAAUGUGGGAUACAUUAUUACGGCUACUAUGGAUCAUGCUUGCCUUGCAUGAGCACAUGCAAAUAUGGAUGCAUAAGUGCCACUACUUGUAAUCUUUGUAAUGAUCCGGGCUGCUAUACGUGCUCUGUCUAUGAGACAGAGACGUGCACCCAAUGCUAUACUGAUGCUACGGUUGGUACUGACUUAUGUGGAUGCAACAGUGGAUCUGCAAAUUUUGAUGAUGUAUCAGGAACAUGUGUUGAAUGUAGCAGUUACUGCAGUAAAUGCAACUGGCCAUAUAUGCUUGAAUGCAGCUCAUGCCCUACUGGACGGUACUUGACCUCAGAAGGAAUUUGCACACCUUACUGUCCUUAUGGUUGUGGAGACGCAAGUCGCACGUCAAUAAUUGUAGACUAUGUCUUUACAAGUAUAUCAAACAGCCAAACUGACAGUGCAAAUCAGCUUAUAAUGUACUUGGGCAGCAAGGAUGACUACUAUUCUACUUAUGAUGAUAAUGAUCCUAAGAUAUUGCCUUACAGAGGUUUAUACUUCACUGGUAGUUCAUAUGCUCAAUUUCCUCCAACCCAAUAUAAUGACAGUCAGCUCUACCUUGGAUACUCUCAUUCAGUUGACUUCUGGCUGUUUCCUCUGCAAUAUUCAGGGUCGAUAAUGUCUAAAUUUUUUGGCUCGAGCGACUUAAUGUAUGCGGAAAUAGUAGGUGGUUCUGAUACUCUAUAUAAAAUUUGCUAUCAUCUGUACUCUGUUGACAAUAGCAACUCAGAUAAUUUAUGUUCUUCAGCAACUAUAACUUCUUCUAAUUCCUGGGGAAGAUUGACAUGAACCUUUGGAUUUUCUUCAGGAGUAACAACCCUUAGCACUUAUCUUGAUGGCACCCAUCAAGACACCCAAACGUUUACAGAUAAUUUCAUUUUUGAUGAAGACCUCUAUUUGAAUUUUGUUCUCGGGUAUAGUAGCUCCCUCUCUUACUAUGUAGGCUAUAUUUACUCCAUCAAGAUCUAUAACUACAUUCUAGGCUCAAUUAGUGCUGGAAACUCAAACUGUGGCUGCCAGUGGUGUACUGAAUUAGGAGCAUGCUUAUCAACUUGUGCGUACAAUGAAGCUUAUAAUAAAGAAAGCAACAGUUGUGAAUCAUGCCCUCAGGACUGUAAAAACGGCUGCAAAACUUCUUCAGCUUGCAGUAUAUGCAAUAACUACCUGUGCUCUUCCUGUUCUAACGUUGAGGCUGACGGAUGUCGAGUCUGCACAACGAAUGCAGAAGGUUACAUUACUGAUGAUAAUAAUUCUGACUGUAGAUGUUAUAAUGGAUACUAUGGAAACCCAAGCUCAUUGAUAUGUGAGUCCUGCUUUUCAAAAUGCACCACGUGUACUGGAGCUUACGCAAAUGCAUGCACUGCCUGCAAAGAUAACUGGUAUACUAAUUGACCAAGAAUAGCCCACUAUGGAGCCAUUCUUGGUCUGCCAGAAAAAAUUUUGACAAAAAGAUCCUAAUCUGCCAUUACCACUGAGUUUUGGUGUUUCCAAAUUUUUUGGGCAAGCCAAAUGCAAUAAAAAAAAUUGUUCUUUUGCGAUGAUGCAUUUGGCUUGUCAAAAAAAAUUUGGCAACAUCAAAACUCAGUGGUAAUGGCCAAAAAGAUCCUAAUCUGCCAUUACCACUGAGUUUUGGUGUUUCCAAAUUUUUUUGACAAGCCAAAUGCAUCAUCGCAAAAGAACAAUUUUUUUUAUUGCAUUUGGCUUGCCCAAAAAAUUUGGAAACACCAAAACUCAGUGGUAAUGGCAGAUUAGGAUCUUUUUAUCAAAAUUUUUUUCUGGCAGACCAAGAAUGGCUCCUUAGUGGGUUAUUCUUGGUCAAUUAGUAUAUCUGCUUCCUGAAGGAAUUUGUGUAAAGACGUGUCCUCCAGGAUAUUCCAGUGAUGAUAAUUUUAUCUGCUCUGUGGCAAUCUCCACAUUUUUGAUUGCUUUUCAGUUUGACGCCCUUAAAAAUACCCAAAGUGAUAUAGGCUAUAAGUCAUUAGAAAUCUACUGUGGCAACUCUGAUGAUUUUUAUCCAAAUUAUGACUCUAAUGACCCAUGGGUGCUUAAAGACAGAGGACUUUAUUUUUCUGGAAAUUCAUACGCCACAUAUUUAAAGGCGAAUAAUCUUUAUCCGUUUUACUUUGGUAUUAAACAUACUUUUGAUAUUUGGGCGAUGCCGCGAUAUUAUGAGGGAGACAGUAUGAUAUAUUCAAAAUACAGCUCGGAUAGGGAUCUGAUAACCCUGCAAGUUUCUGGGACAUCAAGUAGCUACUUCUUAAAAAUUUGCUACAAUUUUAUAAGUGUAGUAGAUGGAUCGACUGCCACUUUACAAUGUAUUACAAGUGGGAAGUAUGACUACUCUGUGUGGAAAAGAAUUUCGUGAACAAUUGGCUAUAGCUCUACUGAUGGCUCCAAAAUUUCUGUCUAUGUUGAUUCAACCUUAUUAGAAUCUGCUACAGUUCCAGAUACAUAUUUUGAUGAAAAUGUUGAUUUUACGAUAAAUCUUGGCAGCAAAUCAACGGCUUCAUACUUUACAGGGUACAUUUAUUCAAUUUAUUGGUAUAAUUAUGUCAUUACGGACUUUAGCCAAGGCGACAAUACUUGUGGAUGCAUGGCUUGUGAUAAUCAGAAUAACUGCUUAAUCUCUAUUAAAAAAAUCAUUUCAAAAGUUUCAAUUAUAUUUUUUUUGUUUAGAGAGGAGCUCUGAUUGUUUGGCAAAAUAGAAUUUAAGUAAAACAGCAAGAAGGAGCAUUCAGAAUUUGUUUGGAAACCUUAUAUAGUGAUGCUAUAUUUUAUUAAACCUCUUGAGUCUAAUUAAAGUUUGCAUAAAUUUUCACAUAGGCCCAUCAGAAUAAAAAAAAUUAUAGCAAUUGUUAAACCCGAAAAUAAAAAUUUUUAUAUUCAGAGAAUUAGUGACUUGUACAGAAAACGAAUAUUAUUCUGAAGGCAGCUGCGUAUCAUGCAAAAGUGGCUGCAGUGGGUGUAUAAACGGUGAUAGCUGCAACAUGUGCGAUGAUCAGCUUUGCUCAACUUGUUCAUCAUUGAAGGCCAAAAGCUGUACAGAAUGCACAACUAACUCUGAAUUUGAUAGCUCAAAUAUAUGUGUGUGCAAAGACAAAUAUGGUAAAGAUAUUGAUGCUUGCUCUCCUUGCGAUUCUUCUUGUGAAACCUGCAGUGGAAUUAGCAUGUAUCAAUGCAAAAGCUGUGCUUCCAGUAGUUAUUUGACUUCAGAAGGAAUAUGCUCAAGUAUCUGUGCAUUUGGAUGUGGCGACUCCACCCGAAACUCUCUCAUUGUUGAUUUUCUCUUUACAGCAAUUUCUAAUGACCAGAAAGACAGCAUCAACUCUAUUGAGCUCUUUUUAGGCAGCUCAACUGACUAUUAUCCGAAUUAUGACUCAGAAGAUCCAAAAAUUCUUGAGUACAGAGGACUGUACUUUAGUGGGAGCUCAAAUGCUAAAUUACACCCAAACUCUUACAACUCAAGCCAAUUAUACCUUGGGUUUUCACAUUCUGUUGAUACUUGGGCAUUUUUAAGCACUGAUCAAACGGGCCAAGGCUGCUUAAUUACAAAAUCUACUUCUUCUCUAGGCCCUAUUAUGACUUUAGCCUUUAUUUAUUCAAACGGCUCUCCACUGAUAAGCAUUUGCUAUGUAUUGCAAGCCCUAGAUUCUUCAACGACCUCCAAUACUUGUGCAUUUCUGCCAACAACUCUCGGAGAGUGACAUAGAAUCAGCCUAAGUUUAGCAUUUAAAGAUGGAGAAUCUACACUAUAUAUCUACUUAGACGGCGUAGCUAGUGAUCCACAAGUUAUAGCUGGAUUUUUUUAUGAAGAUUACAAUGAUGGAAUUUUUGAGUUAGGAAGUUAUGGUUCUACAAACUUCAUCAUCGGAUACAUAUAUUCAUUAAAAAUCUACAACUACCCAAAAACAGAUUUUUCUUCAUCAAGCAGCGGCUGUGGUUGCCAAGCUUGCACCGAUUCUGACCAAUGUUUGUCAACUUGCACUGUUUCAGAAUCUUAUAACAAAGACCAAAGGAUAUGUGAAUCUUGUCUAGCCGGUUGCCAAGCUAAUGGAUGUGUAGCUGCUGAUCGAUGCAAUAUAUGUUUUGACCCCAUCUGUGCAGCCUGCACUACCUUUGAAUAUGGUUCUUGCAAAAGAUGUAGAGACCAUGCAGCUUAUGACAGUGAUGGGAUAUGCAAGUGCAAUAGCCAAUUUUAUUGGGACAAGGAUGCUGAAGCUUGCAAGGCUUGUGGCACUUUAUGCAGCUCUUGCUCUGAUAAAGAAAACUGCGAUAAGUGUUUAGAUGACAAUACAAUGUCGAUUGAUUCAGAAAACGUAGGAAACUGCAAAUGUAAUGGGUAUGCCUAUUACAAUGGAAACGAGUGUGAAGCAUGUGGCGAUUUAUGUGUAUCCUGUGAUUCUACAGGAUGUCUUAAGUGCGCUGAUACGACCAACAUGCACACCAACUCUGCUGACUCAGAUCACAGUUGUAUCUGCAAUGACGGCCUAUAUUACGACACCACAUCGGCUGAGUGCAAGUCAUGCAUAAACCAAUGCAAAACUUGCGACUCUGAAACUUCAUGCACCUCAUGUGUCGACAACGCAGAUCUCAACACUGGAUCGUGCACCUGCCAAACUGGCUAUUGGGCAUCAUCAGAUACAUGGAAUUGUGAAGCCUGCUUUAAAGAAUGCGAGAAAUGCACAGGAUCUUCUACAAAUAAAUGCACUAGCUGUCUUAAUAGUUGGCUUUUGCUCUCUGAAGGAUUUUGCGCAAAGGAUUGUCCUGUAAACUAUGAGAAAUCCCAAACUGCGGACUCAUGCACUUUAGUGCAAUCAUUACUAUCUAUUACUUACAAAUUCAAUUUCUUGACAAAUACUCAGGUUGACAAAGAUGUGGGUACUUUUGAGCUUUACUAUGGCAGCUCUGAUGACUUUUAUCCAAAUUAUGACUCUAAUGAUCCAUGGGUACUGCAAGACAGAGGUCUUUAUUUUUCUGGGAGCUCAUAUGCGACAUUUCUGCAGAAUAGUGGAGCAACUCCAUUUGUGUUUGGGUUCUAUCAUACCUUCGACCUCUGGGCAAUGCCGAGAUAUUAUGAGGGAGACGGUGUGAUAAUGGCAAAGUACAGUUCGAGUAGAGAUCUUAUUACACUUAAAGUUCAUGGCUCAUCGACUGACUACUAUUUAGAAAUUUGUUAUGAUUUUAUAAGUAUUUCUGAUGGAAUAACCUCAAAUUUUAAAUGCGUGCAGAGCGGAUCUUAUAGCUUUUCUGAGUGGAAACGGAUUUCAUGGUCAGCAGACAUGUCUUCGAGCUAUACUUCUAGCUUAAAUUUAUAUGUCGAUUCUACCUUACUGAACUCAGCUUUAGUUCCAGAGUCAUUUUUCGAUGAAAGUGUAGAUUUUACAACGAGACUUGGAAGCAAAUCAACGAAUUCGUAUUUCACUGGCUAUCUUUAUUCUUUUUCGUAUAGCAGUUAUGUAAUCUCAAGCUUUGACCAAGGCACCAAUUCUUGCGGAUGCUCUAUUUGUGAUAAUCAAAAUAACUGUUUGGGGACUUGCUCAGAAAGCGAAUAUUAUUCUGGUACUAGCUGUAUGUCAUGCAAAAGCGAUUGCAGCUGGUGUAUAAAUGGUAACAGCUGCAAUAUGUGCAAUGAUCAGCUUUGCUCACAGUGCGCUUCAUUGCAAGCCAAUGACUGCAGAGAAUGCACAAAUAAUGCUAAAUUUGACGAUUCAGAUUUAUGCAUAUGCAAUGAUGGAUAUACCCCAAAUAUUGAUACAUGCGCUUUGUGUGAUUCUUCUUGUGCAACCUGCAGUGGAACUAACAUGUACCAAUGCAAAAGCUGCUAUUCCGCUCAUUAUUUGACUUCAGAAGGAAUAUGCUCGGGCUACUGCGCUUUUGGGUGCGGCGACUCCACCCGAAACUCCCUCAUUGUUGAUUUUCUCUUUACAAAGAUUUUGAAUGACCAGCAAGAGUCUGAAAACCUUAUCGAAAUCUAUCUAGGCAGUUCGAAUGACUAUUAUCCGGAUUAUGAUUCAUCAGACCCGAAAAUACUAAAGUAUAGAGGACUGUAUUUUAGUGGAAGCUCAAGUGCUAAAUUGCCACCAAACCCUUACAACUCAAGUCAAUUCUACCUCGGGUUCUCACAUGCUAUUGAUACAUGGGUUUAUAUAAGUCCUGAUCAAACUAAUAAAGGAUAUGCAAUAGCUAACUAUUUUGUGAUGAAAAAAAAAUCAUUGGAAAAUCAAUAUUUUUGGAAAAAAUCUACAAUUGUGUUGAAAAAAAAAUCAUUGGAAAAUAAAUAUUUUUUGGGAAAAAAACCCACAAAUUAUUUAAUAUAUUAUUUUUAUAAAAUUAAUAUAUAAGUGAUGAUUAUCGUAAUGAAUAUCUCAAUUUUAUCUUGAAAAAGAUUUUCAGUAACAUUAUAUAUUAAAAAUUAAAAAAAAUAAUAAACUCUCUCUUUUCCAAAGAGAAAAAUUUGCUAAUUGAAGGAGGAGGGUAAGUGGUCUUCUUCGAGUAAUAUAAUGGGUGCUGGGAUUGACUUUCAAGGAAGUACCCCAAUGAUAGUUGUUUGCUAUGGAUUACCUUCUCUUGAUCUUUCAACAAGCUCUAACACUUGUGCAAAUUUCAAAACAACAACGGGGGAAUGGCAUAGAUAUAGUUGAAGUCUAGAAUUUAAUGAUGGAGAGUCUACUAUAGCCAUUUAUGUAGAUGGCUCAUUUUCCGCAGCACAAACUGCUAAUGGCUACAAUUACGAAGGCUAUACUGAUGCAGCUUUUGAAUUAGGAAAUUAAUUACACCCCACUCUGUAAGCGAAUAAAAAAGUUUAUUCGCUCAUAGAGGGGUUGAUUUUUUUUUAAAAAAAUUCCAAUUGUAAAAAUUUAAAACAAAAACUAAUUUUUUUUUUUAAAACGCAAUUUGUUUAAAGUAAAAAGAAUUAGCCAGAGAUUUCAUUAUAUUAACAGCACUUAUAUAUCAAUUUUUUUUCAUAAAAAUUUUUGUUCGCUCACAGAGAGGGGGUUUUUGGGUAAAAAAAUAGGGAUUUUCCCAAUGGUUUUGUUCGCUUACGGAGAGGGGAGUUAGAUUAUUAUUUAUAUCUUUCAUCAUUUAGCGACAGCUACUAUAUCGCCCAUACCUGCUUUAGAGUAAUCCGUCGACCCUGUGCCAUAGAUGGCCUGGUCUUGAUCUGUAUUGUCGGAUCUGGCUGUUCGAAUUUAGACGGCUAAAUCACUUAUGUCCGCCACGAACACUAAAGGUUGCAAUCUUCAUUUCCUGAGGUUAAUGACACUCUUGCAGUGAUUAUCUGCUCGGGAAAACAUAAAAACUAGAUAACCUCAUAUUUUGAUUAUGUGAAUUAAGAAAUUUUAAUUCCCAAGAUUUCUUCAUCGGAUACAUUUACUCAUUGAAAAUCUAUAACUACCCAAGAUCUGAUUUCUCUGGUACGGCACAUAAAUAAUGUAUCUUUAAUAAAAGAAAAUUUUCGAAAAUUUUCAUAUAGUCCAUUAAUCAAAAAGUUCCAACCGAAUUUCCAUUAAAAUAUCACAAAUACACGAACAUUUGAAAGCCGAUUUCUCAUCAUCUAGCAGCGGUUGUGGCUGCCAAGCUUGCACCGAUUCUGACCAAUGCUUGUCAUCUUGUGCUGUUUCGGAAUCUUACAAUAAAGACCAAAAUGUAUGUGAGUCUUGCCUGAGCAGUUGUCAAAAUAUUGGAUGUGUUGCUGCUGAUCGAUGCAAUGUAUGUUUUGACCCUAUUUGUAAUACCUGCAUUACCUUCGAAAAGGGCUCUUGCACAGGCUGUAAAGUCAAUGCAGAUUAUGACAGUAAUAGGAUGUGUAAAUGUAAUAGUGAAUUUUAUUGGGACAAAAGCUCUGAAACUUGCAAGGCUUGCGGCACUUUAUGCAGCUCUUGCUCUGAUAAAGAAAACUGCGAUAAGUGUUUAGAUGACAAUACAAUGUCGAUUGACCCAGAAAGCCUAGGAAAUUGUAAAUGUAAUGGGUAUGCCUAUUACAAUGGAAACGAGUGUGAAGAAUGUGGUGAUUUAUGUGUAUCCUGUGAUUCCACUGGAUGUCUUAAGUGUGCUGACACAACCAACAUGCACAUCAACUCCGCUGAUUCAGAUCACAGUUGUAUCUGUAAUGAUGGACUAUAUUACGACACCACAUCGACUGAGUGCAAAAAAUGUAAAUCUCCUUGCAGCUUAUGCAAAAAUGAGAAUUUCUGCUUAUCAUGCAUUGACAGCUCGAUGAGCUUAAAUGACGGAAUCUGCACUUGCCCGUCUGAUCAAUAUUUCAACGAUGCAGAGUCAUUAUGCAAGUCAUGCAUAAAUCAGUGCUUAGCGUGCGAAUCUAGCUCUUCCCCAUUUAAUAACGAGCACCAUUUUUAUCCCUUUAUGAGUUAUUAAUUAAAAACAGUAAAGAUAUUUUAAAAAAAAGUUUAAAAUAAGGCAAAGUAAAUGAUAAGAAUUUCUCUAAGAUUUUAUUUAAACAGACUAAAAUGAUUCUGAAGCAUUAGCUAAAGUAUAGAUAAUCUCUAAAACUUUUAAAUAGUUUUUAAUUAAAUCAUUUUAUACUUUUUUUUAAUAUUUAGAAAAUUAGUUUUAUAAAGUUAAUUAAUUCAUAAUAUUUACUAGAAAAAAUAAAACCAAGAUUGAUAGAGAAUAUGCACUUGAAAAGACCAAAAGCCAUUAUAAUCUACAAAAUUUUUCUAUUUUUAUUUUUGGUCUUAUAAGUAGUUGUACAUCUAAUAUUAAAAAGUAAAUUUAUAAAAAAUGCGAAAAGAUACUUAGCCAUUAUAAUUUUACAAUUCUUUUAUAUUAUAUUUUAUAUAUAUUAAAAAAGCAAAGGUGCAAACCAAAUGAUCAUGAGCUUUUGAUAAUACAUAGAAAAUUAGUUGAUAAAAGCUACUUUUGAUCUCAAUUUAACAAUUUUUCAAUCAAAUGUCUUACUAUUAAAAUUUCCCCGAGAAAAUGCUGCACUAUCAGAAAUGCACAACCAUUUUAUAUGGAGCCAAAAAACUAUAUUAAAACACCUUGAUGGGAUUUGUUUAUUAUUAAAUUAUGGAUUGAGACUUCCUGCACUUCUUGUGUUGACCAUGCAGAUCUCGUCGAUAAAUCAUGCAAUUGCCAAGAUGGCUACACUCCUUAUAAUAAUAUAUGCUCAUUAUGCUCUAGCUGUUUGACAUGCAAUGGAAAUGAAAUUUAUAACUGUCUUAGUUGUGCUACAGAUCAAUAUUUGACAGCUGAAGGUAUUUGCUCUAGCUAUUGCGCUCAUGGUUGCAGUGACACAAUAAGGAACUCUUUAAUAGUGAAUUAUAUUUUUUCAAGCAUUUCCAAUGCCCAGCAUGACUUAGCUAACUCUAUUGAGAUGGUUCUGGGAGAUAGCAGCAGCUAUUAUCCCAACUAUGAUUAUUAUGAUCCCAAAAUUCUGCCAUAUAGAGGUUUGUAUUUCGAUGGAAGCUCUUAUGCUCAAGUUUCUCCUGCUUCAAGCCAAUUUUACCUUGGAUACUCACACACUGUUGACUUGUGGGUCUAUGCACUUUCAGGAAUCACUGAUACUCACGCUGUUCUUGCGAGCUUAAAAAGUGAUAGCAGUACCAAUGAAUUGGCUGCAGUUCAAUUGUCAGGCUCAGAUACGCUUUUCACCUCUUGCUAUCUGCUAAGCGACUUCACAAAGUCAGCUACAUCGAAUUUGUGCUUGAGCAGCGCUGUGACUGAGAAUUCGUGAUUCAGAUUUACUUGGACUCUAAAAUUUAGCAGCGGAGAAAACACACUAGUUUUCUAUUCUAAUAGUGAAUAUAAAGACCAAAAAACACUUCUCUCCUAUUUCUAUGAUGAGAGCGACAACUCUGGCUUCUUUUUGGGUGGAUAUUCAUCUCAAUAUUUCUUCAGUGGGUAUAUUUACAUUGCAUUAAUUAGAGUUUUAAGGAUUUAAAUACUAAAACCAAAAUGGUGACGCCACAGCAUUUCCGAUCCAAAAGGUCAGGUCAUAUCAUCAGCCACUUCUCAUCCGGCAGGAUGCCAUCACCCUUGCCUGACUUAGCUCCUAUGAGUGUUUCACCAAAUGUCACCCUCUCGUUUAUGCUAACUCCCCCCCUCCGUGAGUGAACAAAACCAUUAGAAAAAUCGCUAGUUUUUGCCCAAAAAACCCACCCUCUGUAAGUGAACAAAAAUUGAUAUAUAAAUGAUAAUUAGUAUAAUGAAACCUCAAGCUAAUUCUGUUUAAUCUUAAACAAAUUGCGUUUUAAAAACAUAAAUUUUAUAAAUUAAAUUAAUAUUUCUUCCCAAUUGUUGUAAAUUAGAAAAAAAAAAUUCUAUAAAAUUUAUAUAUAAAUUUUUUUAAAAAACAAAUUAAUCCCCCUCCGUGAGUAGACAACAUUUUUUUGUUCACUCACGGAGGCUGGGGGAGUAAGUGAUAAAACUCUGAGCCUCUUGAUGCAUUGCGGAUUAUUUCUUCUGGUUAUCCCAAAAUUUAACAGCUGUAGCUGUGCAGAAUAACUCAAGAGAAAAACCAAACCUCAUAAAUAAAAUUUAACCCAAUGCUAUUUUCUUUAUCUAGGGGUAUAUUUACUCUUUUACAAUUUACAAUUAUGUAUUGACAACACUAGAAGCAGGAAACAACAAUUGUGGUUGCCAGGCUUGCAGUGACCUUAAUCAAUGCCUAUCUACUUGCAGCUCAUCCGAGGCCUACAAGCUUGAAUCAAAUUCAUGCGAAUCUUGUCCUAAUAAUUGCCAAAAUGGAUGUCUGACUUCUUCUUACUGUGGAAUAUGUGAAGACAGUCUUUGUUCUACGUGUGAUGAUUCCUGGGGCUCAUGCUCAACCUGUGUAAGCAAUGCUGAUUUUAACAGUAACCAUGUGUGUGAAUGCGGAAGUAACUAUGUUAUAUCAGCUGACUUGAUUUCAUGCAACCCUUGCAAUAGCAUGUGUGCUGAAUGCAGUGGGCGCGAAGCUAAUAAAUGCAAAGGAUGCGUAGGUGGAUCUUACAUGACUACUGAUGGCUACUGCGUAUUCAAUUGCCAAUUAGGCUACUCAUCUCAGGAUGGCACUACUUGCUCUGCUGUCAACUCUGACUCGCUUAUGGUGAAUUUCAUAUUUAACCAGCUAUCAAAUACUCAGCUUGACACAGUAAGCUCUCUUCCUAUCUUCUUUGGUACUAAUAGUUCCUUUUAUCCUAAUUACGAUGAAAAUGAUCCCAAGGUACUCAAAAACCGCGGACUUUAUUUUAACGGGAAAUCAUAUGGAACUCUUUUCAAUGAUGGCUCGAGUACAGCUCAGGUUUCCUUUGGGCACGUCCAUACUUUUGAAAUCUGACUAUUGGUCAUGGCUUCUACUGAAGAUAUGAUUGUGAUUUCUAAAUCCUCGUCUGACUCUGCUCUGUUUCUUUUAAAAAUUCAAGCCAGUUCCCAAACUUAUUCCAUAUCACUCUGCUAUGAUUUCAUAAAUCUCAGUGAUGAAACAAUAAAGAACAAUGAAUGUGUAUCAAGCCAAAGUAGCAGCUACAAUAAAUGGACAAAGAUAUCGUGAAUUCUGGAAAAAUGAAACGACAAUGACUUCCUGCUAAAGCUUUACUUGCUUUCAAACCUAGAAAACUCUGUGGUUGCUUCUAGCUCCUACUUCAAUGAAAAUAGUGCAGCUGAGGUAAAGAUUGGGAGCAUGAGAGCUGCCUCCUUUUUCAAAGGGUACAUUUAUUCACUCAGGAUUCAUAACUAUGCUAUUGGACACAUAAAUGGAGACUCAGUCGGCUGUGGAUGCUCAAAAUGUACAGAGUAUGGAGACUGCUUAGCUGACUGUUUGCCGUCCGAAUACUACUCGUCUAACCAAUGUUCAUCUUGCUUAAGCAGCUGCACCAAUGGCUGCGUUUCAGGAAAUACCUGCAAUCUUUGUAGUGACCCUAUUUGUUCAAAAUGCACUUCUUUAGAAAGCGGGACUUGCACCACUUGUAAAUCAGACUCUACCCUUGAUUCUAAUGAUAAAUGCGUUUGCGACAAGUACCACUAUUGGAGCUCUACGUUGGAAUCUUGUGAAACUUGUAGCAAAUUCUGCGGAUCUUGCACAUCAGCUGAACUUUGCCAAUAUUGCAUGGAUAAUGACACAAUGGUGCUUGACAAUCAAAAUCCUGGAAGCUGCAAGUGUAGUGAUUCAGCAUAUUCCAGCCCAACAGGAUGCUUUAAGUGUGGCACUCUAUGCAGCUCUUGCUCUGAUCAAGACAACUGCAAUAAGUGCUUAGAUGAAAAUACAAUGUCGAUUGACCCUGAAAAUCUAGGAAGCUGCAAAUGUAAUGGUUAUGCCUAUUACAAUGGAAACGAGUGUGAAGAAUGUGGUGAUUUGUGUGUAUCCUGUGAUUCCACUGGAUGUCUUAAAUGUGCUGACACAACCAACAUGCACACCAAUUCCGCUGAUUCAGAUCAUAGUUGUAUCUGUAAUGACGGCCUAUAUUACGACACCACAUUGACUGAGUGCAGGUCAUGCAUAAACCAAUGCAAAACUUGCGAAUCUGAAACUUCAUGCACCUCUUGUGUCGACAAUGCAGAUUUCAACACUGGAUCAUGCAUCUGCCAGGAUGGCUACUGGGCAUCGUCAGAUACAUGGAAAUGUGAAGCCUGUUUUAAAGAAUGCGAGAAAUGCACAGGAUCUUCUACAAAUAAAUGCACAGGCUGUCUUAAUAGUUUGCUUUUGCUCUCUGAAGGAUUUUGCGUAAAGGAGUUGUAUUCCGAAGCCCAGGUGUUAGGGUGUUAG